CCCCAACCACCGGGCCGCGGACCGGUACCGGGCCGUGGGUCACUUGGUACCGGGCCGCCAAGCCGCACUGAAUUUUUUUUUUUAUCGACGAUAAAUUAAUUCAGGUCAAGACACUCGUCCCGGUCACGUGACAUGUUUCCCCAGUCGAGCCCGCAAAGCUAAUAUGUGGCGACAGGCUAACUAACCAGGCAAUGAAGCAUUCAAAACUGCUUCAACACAUGGAGACCAAUACGCCCUAAUCCUCUUCCGUACUUUUAUGAAUGCUGAUUUCUCCGACUCCCCGAAAAGGCACCACGGCGAUCGGUGAGGGGAGGAGAAGAAACGAGAGAAAAGAGAGAGGUGCGGACAGGUGAAAGAGGCGGUUGUGUAGAAGUGGAAGGCGAAUAAAAACACCCUGGGAAACUCAAAACUUGUCCCUCGUUGUGACUCGGAGCCGUAACAAAGCCAGGGGUUUUUGUUUUGCUCGAGAUCAGCAAGAGCUCUGAGUGGGUACAUCGUUAGCGGUUAACGUUAGCGCAUCGCUACCAACGAAUCCCCCCUUGCUCCAACAACGAACCGGGAUCUUCCUGACAAACGGAUUACCUCGUGAGUGCCGAGGAUGGAACAAGAACAGUUAAGAGACCAAGUUACUACCACGCUGUGUAGGCUAGAAUGGGAUCAACUAGUGGGGGUAUGUAACUUUCUAAAGGGCUCCAAUGUCGACGAUACUGGCGAGAACGAGGAAGCCAUCAAGAAAUUGAGCCGACGAGACUUGAUGAAACUCAUUGAAAAUAAAAUUGAUGAAGUUGAGCAAAGUCACAAGUCAGUGGAAGUAGUCCAAUUCAUUGAUGAAUUGCUGGUGUUUAUUAGAGACACUGGGUGGGAAGGUGACGCUCGCGAGAGGAGCACUUUUUACCGCCCCACUGAUGUGACGCGCAACUACGAGGAGCUGCGGGUAGAGCUGAAAGCAUUGCAAGAGAAACUUAAAAUGGUGGACAUAUCACCAGCCGUGAGCCAAAGCUCAUCACCUGCCAAAAUAUCGGAGGUGACUAUUCGCAGGGAGUUUCGCAUCUGUGGACAAAUAGGUGAAAGUGGGCAGCGCGAAAGGCUGUCCUAUACCAACUUGCUCCAUCAAAUGGAACUCGGACUUCGUAAAGGCCACAGCGAAUCAGAAGUGAUUGAAGCGGUUAAACUCAGAGAUAUGCUUGAACUAAAGACUGAUAUAACCCUUUCUCAGUUAAAAACAAUACUAAGAGGACAUUAUAGGGAAGAUGAGACAUCCGACUUGUAUCAAAAAUUGAUCAACCUUUCCCAGGAGCCCAAAGAAUCGCCCCAGGACUUUCUAUUCAGGGCCAUUGAGCUCGAAGAUCGGCUCCUAGAUGCAUUCAAAGGAGAACCAGCUGAACACUACAAUGCAGACCUGGUCAAGAAGAAUUUUUUUAGAUCAGUGGGCACAGGACUACUGAAUGACAACAUUAAAUUCCAGCUGAAAUCACUUCUUGACAAUUUGGAGGUAACAGAUGAAAGACUGAUCGAAAGGCUCAAUGAGGCAGCUAACCUUGAAGCUGAGCGGCUAAACAAGCUAAGGAGGAGCGGCAUCAAGCAACCUAGAAUUAAUGAGCUGCAAACUUCGGAUGAACGGCAGGGCGGUGUGCACACAACUCCAUCCCAGGACACAGCAGUAGUGAAAGAGAAAAUCCAGAGGGCUGCAGCUCCACCGGAAGUACAGGCCAUGGUCGCUGAAUUAAAAACUGAAGUGGCAGAGAUGAAACAAAUGGUGCUUAAUUCCUUGAAUGCCGGCAAGUUCCAGCCCGCCCGGAAACCAACCUACAACACCCAAAGAAGGAGAGGCUGCAGGACCUGCCAGGACAACGGCGAGGGAGACAAUUGCACCCACUGCUUCAAGUGUGGCCAGGCAGGUCACAUAUCCAGAGGAUGCCGAGCUCCCCCUCUACUUCAGGGAAACGCCAGAGGGCCGCUGCCAUGGGACCAGCAGUGACCCAGCCAACUCAUCAGGAGUCCCGCUACUGCCACCAUUGUCGACGAGAGGAACAAGGUGACACGCUGCUCCAGACCUGCACAAGCUGCUCUACUGCCUCGUACUGUUCCAAAGCCUGUCAGACUCAACACUGGCCGGAACACAAACACAUCUGCACCGCGGUAAGAAUGGUGGAUCAUCAUUUGAGUGAGAGGCGAGAAAAAGGGUGGUCAUCACACAUGGGUAAACUUGAUAUUUUUCAAAAUAAGCAAGGGAGAAAACUUGUCAAAUUAAUUGGUAGACGUAGGAUGGUCAAGUGUACUUUUGAUAAUGUACCAGUUACAGCCCUGUGGGAUACAGGCGCACAAGCUACGGUGAUAAAUGAUAAAUGGAGAAAGGAGCACUUGCUCUAUACCACAAUUCGAGAGAUUGAGGAACUAUUGGGACCAGAACCUCUAAAUGGACUGGCCGCAAAUCAGACAAAAAUACCAUUUAUUGGGUGGGUUCCUGUUGAGUUUAAAAUAACGGGCACAGAAGUUUCAAGUUCUGGCCUGUUAGUGCCUGUCCUCGUGUCCAGCGACCACAAUGUGGCUCAGAGCCCUAUCAUAGGGUUCAAUGUGAUCGAGGAAGUCAUUAAUGAGCACGUGAAACAAGGCUCAACCGAGAGUGAAUGUACAGCUAACAUUGUGAGUGAUGCUAUGGACAUGGUCUCAGCUAAGACUGUUAUCCAGUUGCUGCAUACACACCACGUAGUCAACGAGGAGAUUCAGGUUAAAACGGGAAGAAGUAAAAUUGUCUUAGGUCCGAAUGGAACUACCACUGUUCGCUGUCGCACGCAUAUACAGGUUGAUGAUGACAUUGCUAUGCUGUUUUGCCCAGAGUCCAACCAGAGUUUGCCUGAAGGAUUGUUUAUACAAGAAGUACUGUUUAAGGCAAAGAGAGGCAACUCAACCACGGUCCCAGUACCCAUCACUAAUACCUCGAGUCAUAAUAUCACUCUGUAUCCACGUAUUAAUUUGGGACAUGUUGAGGGGGUCAAGGAUGUAUAUCCAGCAGCUCUACAGCUUGCGAGCAAGCCAAAAAUGGAUGGAAACGAGGCAGACCUCAAAAGUUCAUCGUCUUUUCCCCGUAACGCGAGUGAAAGUUGGGACCCUCCGUUAAUGCUAGACCAUCUAACUAAUGAGCAGCAACAGUUAGUGAGGAAAAUGCUCCGCGAAGAGUGCAAGGCCUUUGCUCGAGAUGAAAAUGAUGUUGGCAGCAUUCCGACUCUCCGCAUGCAUAUUUCCCUUCAUGACCAAACCCCGGUCCAGAAAACAUACAUUAGUGUGCCAAAACCCCUACACCAGGAGGUAAAAGCGUAUCUGCAGGAUUUAAUCAACCGAGGUUGGGUCAUGAAGUCCAAGUCACCGUACUCUUCACCAAUAGUGUGUGUAAGAAAGAAAUCGGGAGAGCUUAGACUCUGUGUAGACUACCGCGAACUUAAUCGCAAGUCAGUACCGGACAGACACCCUAUUCCCAGGAUACAAGACAUGCUUGAUACAUUGACGGGUAGUUCAUGGUUUACUUGAUCAAGGGAAAGCAUAUCAUCAAGGGUUCUUGGAUGAAGAAAGUCAGCCACUCACAGCAUUCAUCACGCCUUGGGGUCUGUACCAGUGGGUACGGAUCCCAUUUGGUCUCAGCUCUCCCCCGGCCGAAUUCCAGAGAAGCAUGGAGGAAUGUCUGUGGGGGUUGCGGGAUGACAUUUGUCUACCCUACCUUGAUGACAAUUUAGUUCACAGUAAGUCGUUUCAGGACCAUGUUGAACGCGUGAGGGCAGUUUUGCAACGGUACCAGAAGCAUGGUGUCAAACUAAGUGCUAGUAAAUGUGAACUUUUCAAGCCUAAAGUCAGGUUUUUGGGCAGGAUUGUGUCGAAAGAAGGUCAUAGUAUGGAUCCAGCGGAAAUUGCUCCUGUGAUGGCACUAAAAGAUAGGCAGCCCUGUAAUGUGGGGGAGGUGAGGCAAAUUUUGGGCUUUCUCUCCUGCUACAGGCCAUAUAUAGAAGACUUUUCCCGCAUUGCCAAACCGUUGUACGAACUCCUAGCAGCGCCAUCAACCACUUCCAAUGUGCCCCAAAACUCAAAGCGGCAGAGGGAAAGAGGAAAAGGGAAAAACAAACACAGUCGAGGACAGUUGUCAUCCUCUGUCUCGAUUACAUGGACAGACACUCACCAUCAGGCUCUGUGUUCUCUGGUUGACAAACUGUCUAGUCCUCCUAUCCUAACUUACCCAGACUUGAAUCAUCCGUUUGUGCUACAUACGGAUGCCUCUCAAGCGGGGUUGGGAGCCGUGCUAUAUCAGCGACGCAAUGGAAGAUUAAGAGUUAUCGCUUAUGGAUCCAGAACUUUAACACCACCGGAGAAAAAUUACCACAUGCACGCGGGUAAAUUGGAGUUUCUGGCACUGAAGUGGGCCAUCUGUGAGCGCUUUAGAGAUUACUUGUUACACGCACCAUCUUUUGUGGUCUACACAGACAAUAAUCCGCUCACCUAUGUAUUAACAACGGCCAAAUUGAAUGCCUCUGGUCAGCGGUAGGUAGCAGAAUUGGCAGAUUUCAAUUUUACCAUAAAAUACAGACCUGGCAAAACGAAUGCAGAUGGGUUAUCGAGGAUGGCCAUUGAUUUUGAGGACUAUAUGAGUCAUUGUACACAGUCUGUCGACCAGGAUGUUGUAACAGCCACCCGACAGGGCAUAUUAGCACAGCAAGCUGAACAAACUCCUAUCUUCAGCGCAAUUUCCUUAGAUGUGCUUCAGCAGCAAACUGGAGCGGAGGGACUGCCACAUACUGUUCAGCCAUUGACCAGAGAAGAGAUUUGCGCGGCUCAGCGGCAGGACGCUGUAAUAGGUCAAAUAUAUCGUCACUUGCAGGAAAAAAGGAGACCGUUACCAUAUGAGCUGAAAGCUGAGAGUGCAGAGGUAAAGGCGUUGGCCAGAGAGUGGGACAAGCUCAAGAUCAGGGAGGACGGGACCUUGUUCAGAGUAACUGCAACCAAAAAACAAUUGCUUCCCCCCUUCUAUCUAUCACCCCCUUGUACUGGAUGAACUGGACAAACAAAUGGGCCACUUGGGCUCAGAGAGAACACUAAAGUUGGUAAGGGACCGUUUUUAUUGGCCCAAAAUGCAAAGAGACAUUGAACACUUUGUCAUGAAUGUAUGCGAGUGUCUGAAGAAGAGAAAACCAAACAGGCAAGCGCGUGCACCGAUGCAGAAUAUCGUAACCACUCACCCCUUUCAGCUAGUGUUGGUUGAUUUUCUCCAUCUGGAACAAUGUAAGGGGGGUUGCGAGUAUAUUCUAGUGGUCAUGGACCAUUAUACACGCUUUGCACAGGCAUAUGCAACGACCAACAAAUCAGCAAAGACUGUGGCAGAAAGAUUGUUCAAUGACUUUUGCCUUCGAUUUGGUUUCCCAGAAAGGCUCCACCACGAUUUAGGGAGAGAAUUUGAAAACAAGCUGUUAAGUCACCUGAAGGAGUUGUCCGGUGUAAAGGGAUCUCACACAACUCCAUAUCAUCCCCAAGGGAACGGGCAAACAGAACGAUUCAAUAGGGCUCUCCUCUCUAUGCUGAGAACCCUUACCGAAGAGCAAAAAUUGGACUGGAAAACACACCUUCCCAAAGUAGUACAUGCCUACAACUGUACUGCUAAUGAGCUCACUGGUUAGUCACCAUUCUUCUUACUUUUUGGUAGAUUACCAAGGCUUCCGGUGGACCUUCUAUUUGGCAUUGAGCAGGAAGAAAGCCCGGGCUCCUACCAAGACUAUGUGGGAAAAUGGAGAAGCAGGAUGAUUGAGGCUUACAACAUCGCCUCCAGGAAUGCAGUUAAGUCAGCCGAUAGAGGAAGGACACCGGUAGAGGUGCCAGAAGAAGAGCGGCAGGAGGAAAAACAACCAAGAACCCGGCCAAAGGUGAUCGCCAAGGCUGAAAGACGGGAUGGAAGACAACAGCCCCCACACACACGGAAUCGCCCAUAAUCAGCACCCACCCCCACGGAACCAGCUCUCACCGAACCAGCACCCACUCCCAUGGAAUCAAAAUCUCCUUCGAACUUGCCACACCCCCUGACUCAUCACCCAUCAAACUCGGCCCACACUGGCAUGUGCAACUGAAUAUAAGCUGAGCAAACAACCUUGAACGUUGCCUUUUCUGAAUGACUUUCUGCUCUUGAGCAUGGUCGCGCGAAAGGCCCAGCGCUGUAGUGUACUUUCCUGAAAACAGAGCUUUCUUAACAAAAAUUGUGAUUGUACUCAACCAACGUGUGUAAGUCUAAUUACUGCUUCAGUGUCUUAGCAUUUUCCUAAAUCUGAAGAAAUCAAACGAGCAUGCAAUGGCUUUUGCCGUGAGGCGCAGAUAGCGCGCUCCCUAAAUUGUGGACCAAAAAUCCAACAGAUCCAUUUCCAUAUGUGUCUAGAAAGUUGAUCAUGUCAUAAAUGCAUGAUGCCCUGCUGUGAGUUUGGCGUGAAGCUUUGGAACGCGACCAUGUCAAGUUGGUUCCGAGAAGCCAGUUAACAUGGGCGUGUAUACACAAGGCAUCAGAUCAACGCGUACCCUCGCCGGGUAAUUUAGUUUUGGCUAUAUGAAAAUUAUCCAUUGCGUCAACUUUGUGCCACAUUGGUGCAGCGGUUAUGGCGGUGCUCAGUACGCUGUACUUUGUUCCUUUGCGUCACGGGUUCAAUUCCCGCUUAUGACUUUUCC